AUGGCCAAGAGGGGCUCCAGCAGCCGUGCCAGGGGGGACAAGCCCGACGCCUUGGCUGCCCUGCAGGCUGCCAACGAGGAGCUCCGGGCCAAGCUCACCGACAUCCAGAUCGAGCUCCAGCAGGAGAAGAGCAAGGUCAGCAAAUUGGAAAGGGAGAAAAACCAAGAAGUGAAGCAGAUCAAGGAGCAUGAACAGCAUAAAAGCACAGUGGUGGUGACAGAGCUCAAAGUCAAACUUCAUGAGGACAAAAUGAAAGAGCUCCAAGCUGUUCGAGAAACACUUCUGAGGCAGCAUGAAGCUGAACUCCUCAGAGUAAUAAAAAUUAAAGAUAAUGAAAUCCAGAGGCUCCAGACCCUGCUGAACGCUGUGCGAGAUGGGGCCCCUGACAAGGUGAAGACAGUGCUGUUCACCGAGGCCAAGGAGGAGGCCAAGAAGGGCUUUGAGGUGGAGAAAAUCAAAAUGCAGCAAGAAAUUUCCGAGCUGAAGGGGGCUAAGAAGCAGGUGGAGGAGGCUCUCACGAUGGUCAUCCAGGCUGACAAAAUGAAAGCAGCAGAGAUAAGGAGCGUGUACCACCUGCACCAGGAGGAGAUCACCAGGAUCAAGAGGGAGUGCGAGAGGGAGAUCCGCAGGCUGAUGGAGGAGAUUAAGUUUAAGGACAGAGCAGUCUUCGUGCUGGAGAGAGAGUUAGGGGUGCGAGCCGGGCAUGCUCAGAGACUGCAGCUCCAAAAGGAGGCUUUAGAUGAACAACUGUCCCAGCUCAAAGAGUCUGACCGCCAUCUGAGCAGCCCCAAGCGGGAACUUCCUUAUGCAAGUGGUGCAGGAGACGCUUCAGAUCAUUCGGGAAGCCCCCAGUUGGAUGAAAAGGACGCCCGGCGCUUCCAGCUGAAAAUCGCAGAGCUGAGCGGGAUCAUCCGCAAGCUGGAGGACAGGAACGCGCUGCUGUCGGAGGAGAGGAACGAGCUGUUGAAACGUCUCAGAGAAGCAGAAAGUCAAUAUAAGCCCAUUCUGGACAAAAACAAACGUCUCAGUAGGAAGAAUGAGGAGCUGUCGCAUGCCUUACGUCGAAUGGAAAAUAAAUUGAAAUUUGUGACACAGGAAAAUAUUGCAAUGAGGCAAAGAACUGGAGCAAUAAGGAGACCAAGCUCCUUAAAUGAUCUUGACCACAGCCAGGAAGAAAGAGAAGUGGAUUUCCUGAGACUCCAAGUUAUUGAGCAGCAGAACAUCAUUGAUGAGCUCUCCAAGACCCUGGAGACUGCUGGCUAUGUGAAGAGUGUCAUGGAACGGGAUAAGCUGCUAAGGUUCAGGAAGCAAAGGAAGAAAAUGACAAGAAUUCCUAAGAAGCCAGUGGUGGAGACGUUCUAUGGCUACGAUGAGGAGGCUUCCCUGGAGUCUGAUGGUUCCUCCAUCUCCUACCAAACGGACCGGACUGACCAGACCCCCUGCACGCCCGAGGACGACCUGGAGGAGGGCAUGGCCAAGGAGGAGACGGAGCUGCGGUUCCGGCAGCUGACCAUGGAGUACCAGGCUCUGCAGAGAGCCUACGCCCUGCUGCAGGAGCAGGUCGGGGGCACCCUGGAUGCUGAACGAGAGGUCAAGACCCGUGAGCAGCUCCAAGCAGAAAUUCACAGGUCCCAGGCUCAGAUAGAAGACCUGGAGAAGGCUCUGGCUGAGCAGGGACAGGACAUGAAAUGGAUUGAGGAGAAGCAGGCAUUGUACAGAAGAAACCAGGAACUGGUGGAAAAGAUCAAACAGAUGGAGGCUGAGGAGGCUCGCCUGAAACACGACGUGCAGGACGUGAAGGACCAGAACGAGCUGCUGGAGUUCAGGAUCCUGGAGCUGGAGGAGAGAGAGAGACGCUCCCCGGCCAUCAACUUCCACCACGGCCCCUUCACCGAGGGGAAGAGCCCUCUGCAGGUGUACUGCGAGGCUGAAGGUGUCACAGACAUCGUCGUGGCAGAACUGAUGAAAAAGUUGGACAUUUUAGGGGAUAACGCCAAUCUGACCAACGAAGAGCAGGUGGUCAUCAUCCAGGCCAGGACUGUCCUCACACUGGCUGAAAAGGUAACAACAACAACCCCAGCACCACAGCUGGCUUUGGGCUCUGGGCUCUCCUCUCUCCCUCCCCAGUGGCUCCAGCAGAUCGAGGUGACCGAGUCAGCGCUGCAGCAGAAGAUGCUGGACCUGGAGAACGAGAAGGAGCUGUUCAGCAAGCAAAAGGGCUACCUGGACGAUGAGCUGGACUUCAGGAAGCAGUCCCUGGACCAGGCUCACAAGCAAAUUCUGGAAUUAGAAGCCAUGCUCUAUGAUGCCCUGCAGCAAGAAGCUGGAGCCAAAAUUUCCGAACUUCUUUCAGAAGAGGAGAAGGAGAAGCUGAAGAGCGCCGUGGAGCAAUGGAAGAGGCAGGUGAUGAGUGAGCUCCGGGAGAGGGACGCCCAAAUCCUGCGGGAGAGGAUGGAGCUCAUCCAGCAUGCCCAGCAGAGAAUUAAAGAGCUAGAAGAAAGAAUUGAAGGCCAAAAAAGACAAAUAAAAGAGUUAGAGGAAAAGUUUUUAUUUUUGUUUUUAUUUUUCUCUUUAGCUUUCAUUCUUUGGUCAUAG